CUAACCGCCAUCCAUCCCGAUUCGUUCUUCCAUGAAACGGAUAAAAAGUUUAAGUAGGUCCCACUUUUGUUCGGGUCCCAUAGAUACAAUCUUGGCUUGUAGAUGCUUUGUUCUAGAUAGAGGAUUAUAGAUGCUUAUUUCCGUCUAUAAUCUCCUAUAACGGCGUGAAUUCAUCGUUUGCCCUUGGCUCUUGGUGGGUGAGAGUACCAGUCCUCGACAAUGAUGAUGCAUUGGAUAACAGCUACUCAGAUUCUCUCCCUUUCACGAAUUCCCCUUCGCAAUGAUUCUCCUUGUUUUUGCUAUAAGCGUCGAGUUUCUAAGCCCAAUCCCUUCUCUUCCAGUAACAGAGUUCUCUAUUCCAGCUCAAACCUCAGGCCUUUGCGAGCUACUCUGAGUUCUUCUCCAGUAACCCAAGAAAACGAUGCAAAAGAAACCGCUUUGAGUCUCCGAGACAUUUGCCAUGGCCAAGUUCCUGAGCACGUCCUGCGAAGGAUGGAUGAGGUUGGAUAUAUUAUACCUACAGAUGCACAGCAAGAGGCUCUGCCUAUUCUGUUUUCUGGGCACGACUGCAUACUUCAUGCUCAGACAGGUUCUGGAAAGACAUUGACAUACCUACUAUUGAUAUUUUCUGUCAUAAACCCCCAAAGAUCUGCUGUGCAAGCGCUGGUCGUGGUUCCUACACGGGAGCUUGGUAUGCAAGUCACAAAGGUGGCUCGGACUUUGGCUGCAAGGCCCAUGGAGCUUAAGGCAGAGCAAAAGUCCUACACUGUCAUGGCUCUUUUGGAUGGAGGAAUGCUAAGAAGACAUAAGAGUUGGCUAAAGGCAGAGCCACCUACAAUAGUUGUAGCAACUAUUGGAAGUUUGUGCCAGAUGCUGGACAAGCAAAUAUUUAAACUUGACUCAAUCCAGGUGUUGGUUAUUGACGAGGUUGAUUUCAUAUUCUACUCUUCAAAUCAAGUCAGUUCUCUUCGAAAGCUUUUGACAUCAUUUUCAUCAUGCAAUGACCGUCAGACUGUUUUUGCGAGUGCUUCUAUCCCCCAGCAUAGAAGAUUCUUACAUGACUGUAUACAACAGAAAUGGAUGAAGAAUGAUGUUGUGCAUGUCCAUGUCAAUCCAGUUAGGCCCAUGCCAUCAUGCUUAUUUCAUAGAUUUGUGAUUUGCAGCAAGAAAAAGAGGCAUCAAAUGUUGCUUUCUUCAUUAGAAUCUGAUGCACCUGAAUCUGGCAUUAUUUUUGUCAAUGAGCAGUCGGAGAAGUCAAAGAAGGCUGGAAAUUCUCCUUCAACGACUCUUGUGUUUGAGUUCUUGAAGACUUCAUAUCGUGGUCCUUUAGAUGUUCUUCUUCUAGAAGAAGACAUGAAUUUCAAUUCAAGAGCAGCUUCUCUAUUGGAAGUGAGACAAAGAGGAGGUUAUCUUCUUGUAGCUACCGAUGUUGCAGCUAGAGGGAUCGACCUUCCAGAAACAACUCAUAUUUACAACUUUGAUCUGCCAGGAACUGCUGUAGAUUAUCUACAUCGUGCAGGAAGAGCAGGCAGGAAGCCAUUUUCGGACAAGAAAUGUGCUGUUACAAAUUUUAUCAUGUCGGGAGAGAGGUUUGUUUUGCAAAGAUAUGAAAAUGAACUGAUGUUUAACUGUGAAGAGCUUAUACUAUAAUUCCAAAUUUAUAAUCUCAAUUCACAGAUUUCCUGGUUUCCAUCUUCCAUUUUGGUUUUAAUAUACCACGAAUAAGAAUAGGUGGAAAGAAAUGUAACAAGAAAAAAGAAGUUAGAAAGUCAGCUAGUUAGUUUAUUUUUUAUUUUAGGUUGUUAGUGAUCAAACAGGUGUGUCAGUUAAUCACUUACGAAAAGGAUCUAUAAAUACAUUCCUUUAGUGUAUUCAUAAAUCAUCGAAUCCUGAACAAGAAUUUCAUUA